CCCCAAAAUCCAUUUUCUCUUAUAUCCUCCUUCGCUGUACUUAUCGUGGAGUCAUUCUUUCUUCAUUUAUACACAUCUUUCUGCCUCUUAUUUUAUUCAACCAUCUAAAGCAAUCUCUUCAGCACCCAUGGCUUCCGUAAACCCCAAAAUCUUAGCAUGGGGUUCCGGAGAAGAUGGUCAGUUGGGCAUUGGCGACAAUGAAGAGAAAGAAUGGGUUUGCGCGGUCAAGGCUCUCGGGUCUGAGAGGGUUUGCUCUGUUGUCGCCGGGAGUAGAAACUCACUUGCCAUUUGUGAAGAUGGAAAACUGUUUACAUGGGGGUGGAACCAGAGAGGAACCUUAGGUCACCCACCAGAAACUAAAACUGAAAACAUUCCUAGUCAGGUUAAGGCUCUUGCUAAUGUGAAGAUUGUUCAAGCUGCAAUUGGUGGGUGGCAUUGUCUGGCUGUUGAUGAUCAUGGCCGUGCUUAUGCUUGGGGUGGCAAUGAAUAUGGGCAAUGUGGUGAGGAACCUGAGCGGAAAGAUGAUAACAGUGGGGCUCUUAGAAGGGAUAUUGUCAUUCCUCAGCGUUGUGCACCAAGGCUUACAGUUCGCCAGGUGGCUGCUGGAGGUACUCACUCUGUAGUGCUUACUCGUGAGGGACACGUAUGGACAUGGGGUCAACCAUGGCCUCCUGGAGAUAUAAAACAGAUAUCAACUCCUGUACGAGUACAAGGUCUUGAAAAGGUGAGGCUUAUUGCUGUUGGUGCUUUCCACAAUUUGGCACUAGUAGAGGAAGGGAUAUUAUGGGCGUGGGGUAAUAAUGAAUACGGACAACUUGGAACCGGAGAUACUCAGCCCAGAUCUCAACCUAUUCCUGUUCAAGGGAUAUAUGGUCUCACUUUGGUUGAUAUUGCUGCAGGAGGAUGGCAUUCCACUGCGUUGACAAAUCAAGGAGAGGUGUAUGCUUGGGGAAGAGGAGAGCAUGGUAGGCUUGGAUUUGGAGAUGACAAAAGCAGUAAAAUGGUGCCACAAAAGGUUCAACUCCUUGUAGGGGAGGACAUUGUUCAGGUUUCCUGUGGUGGUACACACUCAGUGGCUUUAACACGUGAUGGGAGAAUGUUCUCAUUUGGACGAGGAGACCAUGGACGCCUAGGAUAUGGAAGGAAAGUGACAACUGGCCACCCAAAUGAGGUGCCAAUAAACCUCCCACCUCUUAGGAAUCUCAGCGGCAGUGGCAGCAAUGGACGUUGGUGUGCUAUGCUUGUUGCUUGUGGUGGACGCCAUACUCUAGCAAUAGCCAUGUGGCAGACUGAUGAAUCAGAAGAGACAUCUGAAAUUAAGUAGAUCAAAAUGCUUACUCAAGACUAAAGAUCUAUAAACUUGUAUACUGCAGCAUUUGAUUUUCUUUU